AUGGACUUUGGAGGGAACAUGUUCUGUCUCAACAACAGAGACCAAAAUAAUAACACUAACGGUAACAGUAACAGCAACGGUUUCACUUGGGGUAGUAGUAGUAGUACUCCUACUACUAGUAACACUGCAUGGAACAACAAUACUUUCAACGUUGCCGUCAACCCUGGUUUAGACAACACGGUGAUGUUUCAUCCACAUGCAAAUGCAAACGAAGGUGGUCUACGGCAGCUUCGGGGGAGCUACACGGAGGCGUUCGGCGGAGGUUUGGCUAGGGCUCACAUGCCGGAUCCGCAUCUCACGUGUUUGAAGCUGGGGAAGAGGCAUUAUUUCGAGGAUGUGAGUGGUGGUAUGGUGGAUAAGAGAGGGAAGGGGUACUGCGGCGGUGGCGGGAAGGCGGUGGCGGGUUUGGCGGUGGGGAGUUCGGUGGCGAGAUGUCAGGUGGAUGGGUGCCACGUGGGAUUGAUGAACGCGAAGGAGUAUCAUAGGAGACAUAAGGUUUGUGAGAUGCAUUCAAAGGCACCAAAAGUUGUGGUCAUGGGUUUGGAGCAGAGAUUCUGUCAGCAGUGUAGCAGGUUCCAUGUUGUGUCGGAGUUUGAUGAUUCAAAGAGAAGUUGUAGGAGAAGACUGGCAGGGCACAAUGAGAGAAGAAGAAAGAGCUCCCAUGAUUCUGUUGCAAGGAGUUCAUCACAAGGUGGGUGUGCUCUCUCUCUUCUGUCAUCUAGGACUGAUUCAUGGCUUUCUCCUGAUGAUCUCUCCGUAAGAUGCAGUGCUGCAUUAAGCGAAUUGAUAGCAGAAAACCGAGCGGCUAUAAUGGCUAGACAAUAUGUCGUCUCAGAUAGAGACUGGCAUUUGCAACACCAUGCAGUAGAAGACUACAAAGAGAUUCAACCUGAAUCCAACUAUUUCCCACAACAGAUGUUUCCGCAGACACACUAA